AUGGCGGACUCUAGCGUGAAGAAGAUGGAGGAUCUUUCGUACGAUGACAACGACGAGGUAGCGUUGGUGGCCGCCGCUACCGACCCAGCGGUGGACGAUCACCCGGGACGCCGCUCCAAAAACUCCACCCUGCAGCUCCAGGACGCGGAGAAGAGCGAAGCCCAGAUAAAUGGUCAGAUGGUCCUCUCCUUGCUGGACAAGAUCAUCGGCGUGGUGGACCAAAUCCAGCAGACGCAGAACGGUCUGGAGGCCCGGCAGGAGUCCAUGGAGAAGUCUGUGUCCACCAUCCAGGGGGAGCUGUCCAAACUGUCCAAGAACCACCUGGGCACCGCGGGGACCGUCAACAAGAUGCUGGACAAGGUGCGGAAAGUGAGCGUGAACGUGAAGACGGUGAGGAACAACCUGGAGAAGCAGGCGGGCCAGAUCAAGAAGCUGGAGAGCAACGAGAGCGAGCUGCUAAAGAGACGCAACUUCAAAGUGCUCAUCUACCAGACCACAGAAGUACAGAGCCACCCUGUGUAA